AUGAUAGGACGCUUUUUCUCUCUCGCCUCUCUUUCCUUCCCAAUAAUGGCCGAACCAGUCUUCCUUGUUUACAUCAUCUUCACUGCUCGGCUCCUUUUUCUCUUUCCUCUCUCGUCUAUCCAGAGGCUUCCAUUUACAGUGCAUAAUCGUUCGUUUAUUCUCCGUUCGUUUUUACUCUACUUUUCGUCUCUGCCACGAAGCUGUAGUGCUGGAUACUAUUCUGAGGAUUCCUUCCUGCAAAGCAAAAGCAGAGAUAACUUGAACAAAUCAGCUAAAGGAAGAUGGCCGGUAGAGGAGCCGCCCAACGACCAAAUGGUGCAACACAAGGGAAAAUAUGUCAAUUUAAGCCAGUUUCACGAAUACCAAGAAAGCACGAUAGGAGCUGCUUUCCUGACUCAGACAGUUUGUCUUGAUGAUACUACAGUAAAAUUUGAAAUUUGGGACACAGCUGGCCAGGAGCGAUAUCACAGCCUUGCUCCUAUGUAUUAUAGAGGGGCUCAGGCAGCAAUAGUGGUGUAUGAUAUAACAAAUCAGGACACUUUUAGUAGGGCGAAAUCUUGGGUAAAGGAACUGCAGCGGCAAGCAAGUCCAAAUAUUGUCAUAGCAUUAGCAGGGAAUAAGGCUGAUCUUGCAAACAAACGCAUGGUAGAACAUGAGGAAGCCCAUGCAUAUGCAGAAGAAAAUAGUUUGUUAUUUAUGGAAACUUCAGCCAAAACAGCAAUGAAUGUUAAUGAAAUAUUCCUUGCAAUUGCAAAGAAAUUGCCGAAGAAUGAGGCAGGAGGAACUUCACAACAAAGACAGCAAGUUUUUCUUUCUUUUCUCACCCCCCCCCCAACUCUGUUUGCCGCCUUCUCUUUAAUUUGCGGAAGUCUUGCUGCUUUGUGUGAUAUGAGGAAACAAAAGUCAUUAUAA